GGCUGGUGAAAGUGCCCUAUCUCCGCAGCUGGCGGUGGGGAAGCGCUGGGACAUGGCGGAGGCCGGGACCGGGAGCUCGGAGCCCGACCCGGACGAAGACGGGGACGGGCGGCUGAAUGUCAGCUCGCCGCGUUUCGACCCGUACCUGGCGCUGUACAGCAGCCCGCCGCCGCCGCUGCCUUUCCCCAACGUGCGCACCUUCAACAACAUCGCCGAGUACCAGAGCUUCCUGAGGCGGCGGCCGCGGGAACGUGAGCCCGGGGACCCGGCCCAGGCCCAGGCCCGGGCUCGCGGGCGCCGCCGCACCGCCGCCAGGCCUCCCCCGGACCCCGACAGGAUCGAGCGCCUCAAGAAGCUGAUGGUGGCCGAGCAGGGCAGCGAGGAGAGGCCCAGGCCCCUCAGGAGGGAGCGGGCCCCGAAGAAUGUGCUGACCCGGAUGUCCCUACAUGAAGGCAGCCCACUGGGUGAAUUGUAUCGUUGCGUUCAGGACAGGAUAAAGGUCAAUGUCCACAUUCGGACUUUCAAAGGACUGCGGGGCGUCUGUUCAGGAUUUUUGGUGACCUUCGACAAGUUCUGGAACAUGGCACUCGUGGAUGUGGAUGAGACCUUCAGGAAACCUAUCCUUGGGAAAGCCUUUUACAGUGAACCAGUAUUAACCGUUGGCAGACUUUUUAAUCGGCUGAAACUACAAGAAAGAUCUGCAGAUGAGGAGCCAGGUGCCACAUCGACAGAACAAACAGGCUAUUUACCCAAAAGGUUUCAGGGUACUAAUGCUGAACAGGAUGACAGCAAAAAUCUGACUUGUGGACUUACACAGGUAUCCUCAGAUACUUUAAACCCCUCUGCACAGAGUGAAGGAGGAGACCUUGACCGAUCAAAGGGAGACACCAAACAACCAAGCUUGAAGCUCAGGACACUGACAGGAGGAAAACAGAAAUGGAAAAAGAAAUCCUUACCCAGGGUGGAUUAUCAGCAGGUUUCUCAAAGACAUGUGAAUCAACUUUUCAUUCGGGGAGAGAAUGUCUUACUAAUCAGUUUUGUGCAAUGAUAGCUGUCACUGGAACAGCACAUUGAACUUUUCUAGAGUAUUACACCAACAAAGUAGAGGCAGUAAACACACUAUUUGCAGAAAGUUUCCAAUUACUUGAAACUCCAGCUCUCUGGUAAAAAGGAAAGAUCUGAAUUAGUGUUUGAGCAUUUUUUUAAAAAAGUUGGUAAGCUUCAGCUUUGGUUCACUGUUUUGGCGCCUAUAAUUUAACAUUGAAUUGCUAUGCUCCAGUAAAUGUUUCAUUUCAAAA